UUAAUGGUCAAUUGAUCUAAAUUUAAAAUAAUCAAAAUAAUUUCAGUCCCAUUCAGUUAAAUUGGAAUAUUGGAUUGUAAGACUGCACUACGCAUUAUGAAAAGUGAAACUUUUUCUCUAAGAUGGGUGGGCCUAAGCACGUCCCCUUUUAAAGUAGUGCCUCCAAAAAUAAGCAAAAUACACUUUCACCAUCUCCACCAUGGACUAUGCUUUUCAAGCAACCAAAACCAGAAAUCCCCUCCGAUAUACUUUCGACGGCCACUUCUCACCGGAUACUCCCCGGGAUGACUCGUCGUCAGAAUCCCGAUGCUCAAACUCGAGCUUCCAAGUGAUAGCCGACAGCAUGGUCCGGAUGGAGACUGCCCGGCUCGAGAUGAUGAAGAAGAGGGAGAUGGCGAGGCUGGACGCUCAGAGGCGGCAGGCUGAGUUGGAAGUCGAGAUGACUCAGAUGAUGUUGCAGACGCAAGUGCAUAUUGCUUCGACCGUUUGCCACACCAGGAAGAGGAAGAAUAGCAGUGAUGGAGGUCUACUUCUCACUCUGCUCCUCUCCAAUAUGCUUUGAUGCUCUUCAACUUUUUCGGCUCAAAGCUACUUCUACUAUGAAGAAAUUCCACUGGAAAAUGCAGAUGCUUUCACUGCCUACUGUUAUUAUCACAUAAAUAUAUAUGUAUACAGAUUCCCAAAAGGAGUAGGAGAUGACUGAUGUUCUAUUUGCCUGUAUAGGGACAAAUUUAAUAAAUAUGGAAAAUUGUCAA